GGGGCGCGCCGCCUCUGCCCCGCGGCGAGGGAGUCUAUGGAGAGGCGGCGGCCGCGGCUGCUGAGGCGGAGGCUGAGGCAGCGGCGAUGGCGCCCUUCCCCGAAGAGGUGGACGUGUUCACCGCCCCGCACUGGCGGAUGAAGCAGCUGGUGGGGCUGUACUGCGACAAGCUUUCUAAAACCAACUUUUCCAACAACAAUGAUUUCCGUGCUCUUCUGCAGUCUCUGUAUGCUACUUUUAAGGAGUUCAAAAUGCAUGAGCAGAUUGAAAAUGAAUACAUUAUUGGUUUGCUUCAACAACGCAGCCAGACCAUUUAUAAUGUACAUUCUGACAACAAACUCUCUGAGAUGCUUAGCCUCUUUGAAAAGGGACUGAAGAACGUUAAGAAUGAAUAUGAGCAGUUGAAUUAUGAGAAACAGCUGAAAGAGAGAUUGGAGGCAUUUACAAGAGAUUUUCUUCCUCAUAUGAAAGAAGAAGAGGAGGUUUUUCAGCCCAUGUUAAUGGAAUAUUUUACCUAUGAAGAGCUUAAGGAUAUUAAAAAGAAAGUGAUUGCACAACAUUGCUCUCAAAAGGAUACUGCAGAACUCCUUAGAGGUCUUAGCCUGUGGAAUCAAGCUGAAGAGCGACAGAAGUUUUUUAAAUAUUCUGUGGAUGAAAAGUCAGAUAAAGAAGCAGAGGUGUCAGACCGAUCCACAGGUAUAACCCAUCUUCCUCCUGAGGUAAUGCUGUCAAUUUUCAGUUAUCUUAAUCCUCAAGAGUUAUGUCGCUGCAGUCAAGUAAGCCCCAAAUGGUCUCAGCUGGCGAAGACUGGAUCGCUUUGGAAGCAUCUUUACCCCGUUCACUGGGCCAGAGGUGACUGGUAUAGUGGCCCUGCAACUGAACUUGAUACUGAACCUGAUGAGGAAUGGGUGAAAAGUAGAAAGGAUGAAAGUCGUGCUUUUCAGGAAUGGGACGAAGAUGCCGAUAUAGAUGAAUCUGAAGAGUCUGCAGGGGAAUCGAUUGCUAUCAGCAUUGCACAAACGGAAAAACGUUUACUCCAUGGCUUAAUUCAUAAUGUUCUGCCAUAUGUUGGUACUUCUGUAAAAACUCUAGUAUUAGCAUACAGCUCUGCAGUUUCCAGCAAAAUGGUGAGGCAGAUUUUAGAGCUCUGUCCUAAUCUGGAGCAUCUUGAUCUUACCCAAACUGACAUUUCAGAUUCUGCAUUUGACAGUUGGUCUUGGCUUGGAUGCUGCCAGAGUCUUCGGCAUCUUGAUCUGUCUGGAUGUGAAAAAAUCACAGAUGUGGCUCUAGAGAAGAUUUCUAGAGCUCUUGGAAUUCUGACAUCUCAUCAGAAUGGCCUUUUGUCUACAAGCAAAAUUACUUCGACUACAUGGAAAAAUAAAGACAUUAACAUGCAGUCCACCAAACAGUAUGCUUGUUUGCAAGAUUUAACUAACAAGGCUAUUGGAGAAGAAAUAGAUAAUGAAAACCCCUGGACUAAGCCUGUUUCUUCUGAGAAUUUCACUUCUCCUUAUGUGUGGAUGUUGGAUGCUGAAGACCUGGCCGAUAUUGAAGAUGCUGUUGAAUGGAGACAUAGAAAUGUGGAAAGUCUUUGUGUAAUGGAGACAGCAUCCAACUUGAGUUGUUCCUCCUCUGGCUGUUACAGUAAAGAUAUUGUUGGACUAAGGACUAGUGUCUGUUGGCAGCAGCAUUGUGCUUCUCCAGCCUUUGCAUAUUGUGGUCAUUCAUUUUGUUGUACAGGAACAGCUCUAAGAACUAUGUCAGCACUCCCGGAGUCUUCUGCAUUGUGUGGAAAGGCAUCAAGGACUAGCUUGCUUAGGGAAAAGGACUUAAUCUACUCUGGGAGUGAAAAAUCUGAUCAAGAGACUGGACGUGUACUUCUGUUUCUCAGUCUGUCUGGGUGUUAUCAGAUCACAGACCAUGGUCUCAGGGUUUUGACUCUGGGAGGAGGGCUGCCUUAUUUGGAGCACCUAAAUCUCUCUGGUUGUCUUACUGUAACUGGUGCAGGCCUGCAGGAUUUGGUUUCAGCAUGUCCUUCUCUAAAUGAUGAAUACUUUUACUACUGUGACAACAUUAACGGUCCUCAUGCUGAUACCGCCAGCGGAUGCCAGAAUUUGCAGUGUGGUUUUCGAGCCUGCUGCCGCUCUGGCGAAUGACCCUUGACUUCUGACCUUUGUCUACUUCAUUUAGCUGAGCAGGCUUCCUUUCAUGCACUUUACUUGUAGCACAUUUCUUGUGUUAACCAUCCUUUUUGAGUGUGACUUGUUUUGGCCUCAUCCUUACAGCCUCAGAAAUCUUAAAAUUUACCAGUGAACUGUACAGUGUUGUUUCUCUUGCAAAUCAUAUUUUUGUUUUAGAAAGGGAUUAGGUCUUUUCAUGAGGAUGAGAACAGUUUUAUCAGAUUUCUUUUAAAUUGAAUGCUUGGAAAAUAAUGUCACUAAUGCCUUGCCAUUCAAAGUAUUUUUUAGAUUAUUUUGAGUUUCAAAGUCAGUGGGGGUUAUUGGUUCUCUUUCUAUAUAAACACUGUACCAAGCUUUGCCGAUCUUUCAAACAUACACUUCUGAAGUUUUAUUUUCAAAGACAGCACUUUUUGGAAACCAACCUGUUUUCCAUAAUGUUUCCUUUAUUUGAACAAUUCUUAGAAGGCCAAUUCAAACAUACCCACAUAUAAGUUUCUUAAGUUUAUAGAAUAAAUUGGCUUCUUGGCAGUUGCUCAGUGAGCUAGCAAAGCACCAAUUUAUUUGUAUUUGCUUUCUUCAAAGAACCCCAGUUUCCACCACUGUUCCUAAAUUGUCAAAUUUGGGAGGGAUUUUUAAAAAUUCUACAAUCAUUUGAAGAAAUGUAUAAAUAAAAUCUACUUUGAGGACUUUA